CAUUAUUUAAAACAAAAACUGGUCGCAUUAAUGACAAGGAAAAUCUAUAUAAGCAACCACAAAGAGCGCCGGGAAAUUUUUGAGAGCAGAAACCAAAUCGAACAAGUGUUUAAUCGAAAACCACAACAAAAAUAUGACUAUUUGAUUUACGACGAUACAAAAACACCGCCCGGCUUAAUUAACCGAAUACCCUUAGUGCUUGUAGCUUUUUUGAUAAUUUUAUUUUUUAAUCCAAGCCUAGAGAGCGCGCGCGUUGCAGUUUUUAUUUUCGGAUUUUCCACCUUGAGGAAAAACUAAAAUCACAACCAACCCAAGAAAAAAAAGCUCAAGACGUUGCCAACGUUACGCACGCGUACUAUUACAGCCAAAAUAAAAAAUAAAAAAAAGCCUACCAACCCACCACACCAGAGGCAUCAAAUAGUGUUUACGUGAGCGGAAAAUGCUGAGUGAAAGUGCAAGAAAUAUCCAAUAAAAAAUCACAAAUUCCAGAGUGCAUUUCAAGAUUUAAGCCACGAAUACUACUACCAACUACCAACUACCUGUUCUGCAACCAAAAAUAACAAAAACAACAACAACCAGGCAAAUAACUGUUGCGCACCGGUUAGCCCCAUCUCUGUCUCACCUUUCCGCGUGUGUGUGUGUCUGUGUCUAUUGUAUUCUGUCUCGAGUUGUGUUUAAAAUUUGUUUAUUUGGUUUUUUUUUUAAACAAUCCAUGUCCCAUUAACGAAGCAAAUUCUACCUGCGCUGCUGCUCCAAUUGGAUACGACAGAGAUAUAUAUAUUUGAACAGCUCUUUUUGAUCCAGAAUGGCUCCCAUGCCCCGCAUUCAACUGCCCAAUGGCAACGCCUCCAUCAAAGCCAAUACAAAUAAUUUCCUUUACGCCGAAACAAUGUCUGGAGAUAGCAGUCCCACGCCCAGCAGUCCCCCUUCCAGUACAGCUGGCGUUGCCAAGUCCCAGUGCUCCUCACUCUCCGACGGCGAGUCCUUCGAGGGCUAUGGCGAGAACGAGUAUCCCGCCCAGCUCCGUGAAGGACGCAGCUCCAAUGCCAAUGGCAACAGCAGCAAUAUCCUGAACAACAACAAUAACCUGAGUGUGGGCACCCAGCACAAUCACAGUGGACACUCGAACGACGGAAACAACAACUUGAAUGGCAGCACAGGCAUUGAACUUGAUUUGGCGCCACAUGCCGGAUCAUCCACACCCCAAGAUGAUGACGAACUAAACAUCAUGCCCCGAGACAACUGGGCCAGACGCAGCUUGCGGCGAACUCCCACCAGCAAUCCCGAUAGCUUGUCCCAGCGUCGUUGGGGAUCCAUGAGACAUUCCGGCCGCAGACAGAUUAGUUCAAAUGCCUUAGCCAGCCAACUAUACAGAUCAUCGAGCUUUAACUCAUCAGGCCGUAGCUCUAACUGUGAUACAACCGAAGACAUGUACAGCGACAUCAGUUUGGACAACCGUCACGACUAUGAUUAUAGGCUGGAACUACUGCAGCGCAAGGUGGACGAUCUCUCGGAUACACAGAACAUAGCUGAGGAUCGGACAACACGCACCAAGACCGAGUAUGCAGUGCUUCAGGCGCGAUAUCACAUGCUGGAGGAGCAGUACCGAGAGUCGGAACUGCGGGCAGAGGAGCGUCUGGCUGAGGAGCAGAAACGGCAUCGCGAGAUCCUGGCCCGCGUGGAGCGCGAAGCCUCCCUGCAGAACGAGAACUGCCAGAUGAAGAUCAAGGCGACCGAGAUCGAGGCGUCAGCUCUGAGGGACGAGGCUGCCCGACUGCGGGUACUCUGCGACAAACAGGCCAAUGACCUCCACCGCACCGAGGAGCAGCUGGAGCUGGCCCGCGACCAAAUAGUCGUCCUGCAGCAGGAGCACGAGGAGCAGGCCCAAACCCUGCGUCGCCACGAGCAGGAGAAGAAGUCCGCCGAGGAGCUGAUGCUCGAGCUGAGCCGGGAACUGCAGCGGGCUCGCGAGGAGAGCGGUGCCCGGGCCAUGCCCACCACAUCGCCGGAGAGCAUAAGACUGGAGGAGCUGCACCAGGAGCUCGAGGAGAUGCGCCAGAAGAAUCGAUCCCUAGAGGAGCAGAACGAGGAACUGCAGGCCACAAUGCUGACCAACCAGGCCACCAUGCUGACAAAUGGAGUGGAACAGGGUCGUCAUCUGCUGAAUGGCACCCUGAACAGUUUGGCCCAGGAACUGGAGGAGAUGUCACAAGCUCAGGAUUCUGUGGAUUCAGCCACAUUAGCAUCCUUAAGUCAGCUGCAACAGGCCUUCCAGGAAAAGGAGGACGAAAACGUCCGACUCAAGCACUAUAUAGACACGAUUCUACUCAACAUCGUGGAGAACUAUCCCCAACUGCUGGAGGUGAAGCCCUUGGAGCGAAAGUGAAUCGCCAGCCGGAAGAACAAAGCAACCCUACGGCACUGAGCCAAGUGCCCCAACCACCUAACUUUAAAAUGAAUAAACUUACUAAAAUCUAUGUUAUGCUAACUCCUUAAGCUACACCCUAUACAUGUAUUUAUGCCUAACUUAAGUCGUAAUUUAUUUUAUAACAGUUUAUUGUAGAUUUUUAAAACCAAAACAACACUGAAUGAGAACACAAAGAUUGCAUGUCUAAAAAAAAGAAUAGAUGAAGGAAAAUCUUAAUAUUUGUUUAAAGAACACCCAAUGUUUUGUAAAAAGAAAGCCAAAAUUUUGUAAAAGUUUCGUUUACCUAUAGAUUUGUAUAGAGCGUGUUGUUGAGCCCUAAAGAUAUUAUAAUAGUUCAUAAGACCAUCAUAACUUGUUUAAUCUUAAAUGAAAUGAAGCCCAAUAAUUUAUUGAUCCAAUGACAAGUUGCGAUAAUUGCUUGAAAAAUCAAUUGGAAAUGUGUAUAGUAAGAGGAGAUGAGAAACUUUUAUGAGAUGUUAAUGUUUAAUAGGAGAUAUUUUCCAAUUUAGUUAAGUCUGUGCAACUGAGAAGGUUCUCUUCCACUCUAUUCUGUUUUACUUUCCACUAUAUAUUCUUUAUAUUUUUUAGAAGCUCUUUCCAACUAACCUUCUUACUCUGAAACCUUCGUCAGGCUGCUCCUAUAUAGUUACAAAAAUCUAUCAAAAAAUUUGCGUUUAUGGUAUGGACAAUCCCAGGAAGUGAAGGCGAAAGUUUUGUUUGAGAUGAAGAGAUGCAAUUAUCAUAAGUAGGAGUUAUUCGAUUGAGCGCCUAUAUCAUAACCCUCGAACAUAUGUCAAUGUAUAGCACAGUUUAACCCACACACUUACUCUGCAUAUAUGUAACCCAACAUUUAAUGGACGUAAUGUGCAAAACAUUUAGGGAUUGGCACUUGCGAAGGUCUCACCCCGAAGCGAUCCCUAAUUGUCUAGGCUACAGCUCUAUAAUAGUUAUUUUAACCAAGCAGAUCGGCAGAUUGAAUCGUUAAUCAAAAUUAAUUGCCUUAAAGGGAUUUUAUAAAGUGUUUUAAGGCCUAGUUAACUCUAAACAGAAAAGUCCAUAAUGUUUAUAGGCAUGCUGAUAAAUAUGGAAUUUUAAUUGUAAUUUACCAGAUGCGAGUCGCUGAAAUUAAAUCAAAAUAAAAAGAGAAUAUUUUAUAAAAAAAAACUAAA